ACUACGAGGCGUCCAGCUUCUGCGUCGUCAACUUGCCCCCUUCGACAUACAUGUAUUUGUCUUUCUGAUGGAUGGCGCACUGUUCAAUAUGUCUGACCCCCCUCCUUUGUCAUGAAGCCUGAUUUGUAGCCUGUUUGCCGAUUCCCUCGCUCUUCUUCAGCCUUGAUCGCAUUGCUCUUCGUUCUUCGUUCUUCGUCGUUCUUCGUCGCUCCUCGUCGCUCCUCGUCACUCCUCGUCGCUCGUUGCCAGGGCCUAAUCGUGCCAUUUCGAACCAUCCGCGACCCAAUUCCACGCCUCCGCUCUCGACCAAUCUCUCUCUUCAGUUCCAUACUCUCUACCGACCUCGCUGCCGUCUCCCUAACCGACCCUGUACAUAAUACCCCCCGAACCACGAUACCUAUCACAUCCGCUGCGCACCCGCUGCGCAUCCGACAUCAUGGCCAACACAGAGGUCGUCGUGGCCCUCGUGGCCCUCGUCAUCUCUCUCGUCGCUCUAGCCGCAACUUUCAUGCAAGUGAUGCAGCAAUACUAUGCUUCUGCUGCCGGCUACUCCCAGUGCAAUCCCAAAGUAAUGGGUCGCUGGGCGGACACCAAAACUCGUCGCUUCUCUUGGGACGAGCUCCGAUUCGAGGUCGAGUUCCACGUCCCCGUCAUCUUCGUCUCGCCCCCGACAAACAAGCGCGGUCCCGUCCGUGACCAGCCUAUAUACUUCCUCGACGGAACCAAGGACAGCCUCGAAAACACCUGGUCCGAACUCAGCGUCGAUCAGGUUGGGCCGCAGGACGUUUCUAAGCGAUCACACAAGGAGCAGGUACAUACUACCGACAAUGAGCGUGCCUCGUGGACUAUGCUCCUCUCCGCCGUCCAGCGCAUGGAGAAGGAUUCUUGGGACUGGCAAAAGCACCAAUACCAGCGCCUGGGUCCGCCAGGCAGCCGGUCCCAGGAGCAUGGCCUCCCCUCGGAGCCUCCGUCUCUUAUUGAUAAUCACACUCUCACCGUCGCUCUCCAGCGCAUGCGCAAGAGCUGGGACACUAUGCCGUCGACCAUCAGCCGACCCUUUGCUACCACCACAAUAUGCCAUCUGAUCGAGAUGAUGGCUGCGCUGGGUGUCUACUGGAAGGAGUUCAACCGCACACAUGACCGCUACCGUGCCGAGGGCAACGGCUUCAUGCUGCUCGGCGAGAGGGUCACCGACCUAGGCCUGAUGUUUUCUUUCCGCGUCUAUGGAAAGUGUGUCUUUGAACGCAAGCGUGUCAUCCCCGUUGACGAGGUUAAGGAGCUUUGCUUCGGCCACGUCCCCACCAUCUACCGAGAGACGUUCGAUUAUCGGCGUCUUGGGUUCCUGGAAGACUAUGAACAGAACAUUGGCACACUGCAAAUGGCCAGUAACAGUGACAUUUCCGAGUCUCUUGUUCUGAUUGGAUGCAACAAGAAUGCAGUCCGCUGCUUUACUGACCCGGACAAACAAACUUCCCACUUAUUCCCAGUGUCAUUUGAAGUUCUCGGCAUGCUUAGCCAAAGUUUCCACAUUGAAGACAGCAUCUUCACAUACAUUCCGAACCCGACGCCUGACCGCUGGGACAAACGCUCGCUCUCCCUCGUCAAGAUGUUGGAGUCGUACGAACAGCUUGUCCAGACAACUCUCCCGGGGGUGACGCGAAACGUCCCUAUCCUGAGAAAGAUCAACUACCACAUUCGCGAGAUCCUAACACACCAGAUGAUUCAGGACAUUGCCGAGCAACUGCGGUUCCUCAAGGCCCUUCAUGCAGCCAUUAAUGAUUGCGACGAGAUUCUAACGGGCAAGACUCGAGGAUCGCAGAGCGUUCCCAUUCCCCCGACCACGUCAGGCCCCAGACGCAGCUUUGGAAACGCGGAAGGCGACAGACAGGGGUUCCGGCGGCAGAUGGUACUGGACGUCCUACGAUCUCACUUGCAGGAAGUCUUGCGGCUGCUCAAUGACCGUGAUGACCGAAACACCGACAACCAGUCUCUUUCUGCAGACUGGGCGCCCUCAUCACCAGUGGCCUCCCGUUUUCCUGACGGAGUACCACGACCACCGCCACCCAAGUUUGAAGAUAUGGAUGCGGCUAGUCCUGACGACCGGCAGCACAAGUUCAUGGAGGUUUACUUUGAAGUGGUCCGGCGAAAGGUGGUCCCUUAUGCAACAAGCUCGACGGACCGGCGUGCGAGCAUCGUCGGGGCGCCACCCGGCUACGGCUUCCGGAGGGCGGGGACCGGCCGGACACAGGCGAGCAGCAUCCGGGAAGGCGCUCAUACCACGACCACACCAAUGCCGCCACUUCCGUCAACUGGCCCGGAAAACGGAACACUCGCAGCACCAUCUGUCCGGUCUGGUAUGAACGGAUCUCUAAACGAGGACGCCGACUCGGGCAUUGACCCCAAGGAUGAACCAGAGCCGCCGGUGGAGGAGUCUCUUAGCAGAGAGGAGGUCUCGCAUGAUGACGUGUGGUGCACGUUGGUGUUCCGGAUGAUAUGCUGGCUGAUGUUGCACGACUUUCACAAACUAGAUGUACAGGUGAGCAAGAGUGACUUGUUGGGGAGUCGGAUGCCGGUCUACAUUGCCUGAGGCGAAUACCCUGGUGGCUUAUAGAUGGUGUACAUGGAAGAUAUACGGAUCUUAUAAAAUGGAGAGAGCACAAGACUUGGAGUCUGUGCGCUAUGAUUUAGGAUAUGGGAAUAGGGCAUUUAGAUACCAUGCACGAUAUGAUUGAUUUGGUGUAGGAUUGGGUAGGAUGACGCAUAUCCUUAAUUGACAU